AUGACGACGAUCAAACGACGGCUCCAACAGAGCAGCUCUUCGCCAAGAACAAAGUCUCAGAGAAUCAGGAAAUCGGUGAUUUCGGCAUCGAUUGCAUUGGCUCUGGUGCUGGCGGCUUACUCCACCCAGACUAGCGUUAGGUUUGGCACAAUAUCAAGUAGGUCUAGCCCAAGGAAGACUCCUGGUGCAUUCAACACAUCCCUUCCAGAACAGAGCAGUCACACCCAGAUUAUCGACGACAAGAAUCCAUCUCCAGAUCACCAUGAAAUACUUCAACCCCUCAAUGACACUGCCAAUGAAACCAAAGAACCAUAUCCUACAUCGGUAUUACCCGCCAAACUCUUCACCGUCAUUGGUCUUGAAUCCUCAGGGACCACUUUCUUGGCCCAGACUCUGGGACGGGCCCUCCGUCUUUCGUUAAUACCAAAUGCCAAUGGAUAUGAGGUGAUUGCACAGGGAUUCUCAUCUCACUACCACAACCAUCACAACAACGACAAUACUCCACCACACUGGACCGAAGUGCAACAUGUGUCAUUGCCUUGGGGAGGAACCUGUCAAUCGCAAUAUUCCAAUAAUGUGACCAAUGUGCUCUAUCCCGCCAUUUGCACCCGCAUGAUGCGAGAUCGAUCGGUCGUCGUUGCCAAAGCGGGGCCCAAAGCCCUUUCCCAAGGACCCUUUGCCGCCCAUCACUUUUCCGAAACGGCACUCUCCUAUUAUAGAAUACCACCCGAACAGCACGAGACGAUGCGACAACAAUGCCGUCAUCUCAUUCCAGAUCGCCAUCAAUGGGACUAUCCCGAACGAUAUUUACUCAAUCUGUCGUCGCAUUUGGACUGGUAUCACGAACAGGGAGUCGAUGCACGGGCCAUUAUAUUAAUGAGAGAUGCCACCAUUUCCAAACGAGCACGGAGGAUAGACCACUGUCCCAACACGACGCUCUUGGAAAUGGAAGAAACCAUGGGACGACAAAUCUUGCAGGAGGCCAUUCGCAAAUUUGUUCUACGUCCUACAACGACAAUAAGCGGCCAACAACGACGGCGGCAAUUGCUGCAGGCCAGCCCGAAUGGCAAAGUUUUGUUGGUGUCCUAUGAGCUCCUGACGCAGCUGAAACAAGAUUAUAUGGAAAUCAUCUUUGCCCAGCUGGGAAUCAAUACCACUCAUAGACCAAGGUGGAGAGAUGGCAACUACAAGCAUGUCAAGGACAUUAGAGAACACCGGCUGGCGAAUGGAGCUUACUUUUUGGAUCCCUCCCAGUAA